GCGCUGGGCACGGCGACCGGGGGGGUUCGCCCAUGACGUCACAACCCCGCGCCGCGCCGUGACGUCACCAACGCGCCGCGCGGUGCCGGCAUGGCGGCGGCGGAGCGGGACGAGGAGGCCGCGGCGCCGCCACAGAAACGCUUCUACCGGCAGCGCGCGCACUCGAACCCGCUGGCCGACCACACCCUGUGCUACCCCUCCCGCCCUCAGGACAUGGACUGGGCCUCGCUGUUCCCGAGCUUCUUCCCUCCCGACGCCCCCCCCGGGACCCCCCCGGCCCGCGUGGAGUUCGCAGAUGUGGGGUGCGGCUACGGGGGGCUGCUCGUGGCUCUGGCCGAUCUCUUCCCGCGCUCGCUGGCGCUGGGGCUGGAGCUGCGGGCCAAGGUGGCCGCCUUCACCCAGGCCCGGCUGCGGGCGCUGCGGGCGGCGCAGCCCGGCCGCUUCGGCAACGUGGCGUGCGUCAGGGGCAACGCCAUGAAGCACCUGCCCCACUUCUUCCACAGGGCUCAGGUGGGGCCCGGCCGCCGGGGCAGCGGGCGGGGGGCGGCUGGGAGCCCUGAGACC